UAGGGUUUUCUCUUUUCGUCGUUGCUGUUCGGCUUCGUUGCUUCUCAGCAGAUGUAGAGAUUGCACGCGUCGCUUCUUCGGCUCGCUGUUCGACUUCGUUACUUCGACGACUUCCUGUCGAUCGGAAGUUACGACAUUUUGAUCGGAAGCAAAAACGGGAGCUUGCUGGCUGUGAAGAGUUCUGCCUCUUAACUCCAGAACACAAUGAGAUUAGAGAAAUGUUGGUUUUGUUCGUCAACCAUAUAUCCUGGCCAUGGAAUCCAGUUUGUCCGCAAUGAUGCUAAGAUCUUCCGGUUUUGCAGAUCAAAAUGUCACAAAAACUUCAAAAUGAAGAGAAAUCCACGGAAGGUGAAAUGGACAAAGGCAUACAGACGAUUACGUGGAAAGGAUAUGACACAGGAUUCUACCUUCGAGUUUGAAAGGAAGAGAAACCGGCCUGAGAGAUAUGAUAGAAAUGUCACAGAGGAAACACUGAAGGCAAUAAAGAAGAUUGACAAGAUCAGAGUUGCUAGAGAGGCCAGACAUCAUUCAAUGAGGAUGAAGGGGAAGAAAGCCAUGGAGCGGCAGGCUGCGGCCAAAGAGCUGGAGCAAGACAUCCAUUUGGUCAAGGCGCCACUUGCUCUUCAAGAGGACCCGUCUCUUACCCUUCCAAAGAUCAAAGUCAAAGUUUCUCAUCCGCAAGCAGAGAAUCAAAUGGAAGAGUAGUGACGACCGCCAUUAUUUUCUCUCCAUCAGAACCAGCAAUUCAGAAGAGCUUCAUUUGUGCCUUCUUCCGUGUUUUAGGGUUUCCAGUUUUCGUUAGUAUUUUGAACAAAUUGUAAGCAAGCGAAUUGCUUUGAUUAACCCUAAAAUUAAAAUGAAAUUUUUAUUAUUAUGACUAAUCAAAUUAAACUGAUUGGUUUGAUUUGGAUUCA